GGGAAGCCGCCAAAGCCCCGGGUCACGCCCAUCAUUACCAACGCCUUGGCUCCCUCGAGACACACCGAGUUUUGGCCAUGGGAUCGCCGAAGCCGUUGCUUUUAUGCACCGCCUGAGCCUCGUUAACCAUGUCCAGUCGUAGCGUCGUCGCCCGCAAUACUCGUCGACCCUCUGCAGAGCCACAGCGAACAAAGGUCCAAUCCACCUGUGCGCCCGCAGUGGGCCGGAGCUGCGUAUGCCCCGGAUAUACUUGCCCCUUUGGGCCUGGCCCGCUGGUUCAAUUGGAUGUUCACUACUCCAACGACAUUGCAGCAGGGGGAGCCCUACAGCAACCUCGUCUCCAACCACACAUCUCCCCUCAUGCUCCACGCUCCACGCUCGUCACCUUCCCAGUCACUCUCCUCAUACGAUCCCAGCUAACAAUACUCCGAGGUGUAUCCAUGGAUACCGUACCAUUGUUGCCGUCGCUGCUGCUACUACUACUACUACUACUACUACUACUACUACUACUACUACUGCUGCUGCUGCUGCUGCCACUGCUGGAGCAAGACAUGGUUUAUGCUGAUGCUUUGAAACACUCCCCAAAUACUAUCCGCGGACCGCAUUCCACUGUAUUUCACAAAGUUGCACAAUGCCUCGUAGAAAAUUGCGUUUUUCCAAUUGUUGACGUUGCUCAUCGCUCUUGCUGGUUUGACUACUCUGUGCGAGAUGACUGCAGAAGGAGCAAAUACCCCAACGCUCUUGCCUCACCACUUCACGGGCCUGCCCCGCCAAUUGCCAUAAUACCUCAUCUCACAAUACACAUUCUUCUUAUGCAACCCUCGGACCAUAGCCUCUACUUGUCCAGCAACAUAUCCCAGCAUUGACACUGUCUCGUAUGACCUUCUUCCCGUUUUUACUACUGUCAGGUCUCGUAUUUACCAAUCUAACCCCCUGAAAGGACUCGAAUCCGACACUAGGCAGAGAUUA